CAUUUCCAUCAUGGCGGCAAAAUUUGCUUUUCCUUUCACCAAAAUUGUCUCCUCACCUCGACAGUUUGUGAAAAGCGUGCCGUUUAUUACAGAGAAAUUGUUUUUGAAUUCUAGUAGAAACAUAUCUAGUUCCACUUUUUCAUAUUCCCUCUCAGAAACUGUAGAGAAAGUCAAGGAAUCAUUAGCUACGAUUGCCAAUAACAAGCUCCCAAGCAAAACCACCAUUGUGUUUGUAGGAACAGGGCAAUACUACGAUCACAAGACCAACGAGAGAGUGGUUAUAAUAUCUCUUGGAGAAAAUGGAAACUUAGAGCUACCGAUUGUCCUUCAUGAUACCUCCCUUCUUCGCGGUGAAGUUGAUAAACUGGAGAAGGAACUGAACUCUUUAUCAGAUGUGGGUUGUGUUCAUUCUGGCGAGUUAGAUAGUGUACAAGACUCUCCAUGGAAAUUCGGAUUUGCUUGUAAACCAUCAUUUUCCAUCUUCUCGACCUCUGGCUUUUGCUGUCAAUUUUGGCAUUCGAAGAUAGAAGGAAAGUGCUUUAGAAUUUUUGAUGAACAUAUGCAUUUGCAUGAAGAUGUACCUCUUUCAGAAAUAGAGCACAUCCAAGUUGCACUAUCCCCAGAACCAUGGGAGGAGAGGAAACUGCAAUUAAAAAUGAAGAAUGGAGAUUUAGUCAGUGUUUUGGAAGACUCUGGAGAGAACAUCUCCAAUGAAAAUGGUUUGGCUUCCCUUAUGCUAACCACAGAAUGGAUGGUAAAGGCUGCUGGACAUAUGUGUAUAACAGCCAGACAGUUUGGAGCCACCACAGUUUCUUUAAAACUUCCUUCUGUGCUGAGAGCUGAGGUCAAUCCAUGGGUGGCAAUGAGAAACAAAAUAUGGGCAGAGAAAAACAGUGAGAGCUGAGGUCAAUCCGUGGGUGGCAAUGAGAAACAAGGUAUGGGCAGAGAAAAACAGCGAGAACUGAGAACAGGAGGAAUGGGCUCUGUGGGCAGGAGGAAUGGGUUCUGUGGGCACACUCAGGUGGGAUUCAGUUGUUAUACCACCAAUGGGUAAAUAUACAGCAGAAUCACAGCAGGCACAGGUCUUUCACCAAUUACUCAAACUAUUGUUCGAAUCCCGCUCAGGUCUGAAUUGUUUUCAGGUCUUAAUUUCACUAUUGCUUAAAAAGUGCUCCUCACUGCGAAGAUUGUUCUCUUAUGCAUUACUCAAACUAUGUAUAUGACAAAAUUUGAGAAACCAACUGGUUAUUGCUUAUUAUGAUUUCAUAACAAAUAACAAUUUAUUCUGCAAAGUGCACAAUGACAGCAGCAAAGUGCACAGUAACAUGGGCAAAGUGCACAAUAACAUGGGCAAAGUGCACAAUAACAUGGGCAAAGUGCACAAUAAAUAACAUGGGCAAAGAGCACAAUAACGUGGGCAAAUUGCACAAUAACAUGGGCAAAGUGCACAAUAACAUGGGCAAAGUGCACAAUAACAUGGGCAAAGUGCACAAUAACAUGGGCAAAGUGCACAAUAAUAGCAGCAAAGUGCACAAUAACAUCUUGUGACUUUUACUGUCCAAUUACAAGCAUGACUAUUGGUUCUCAAAUUGCACUGGUAAUAACCAAUCAUGUUCAUGAAUUUGUUAUAGUUUUGAUUAAUGCAUGUAGUGAAGGCUGGGCCAUCCUGUUUAAUAUGUAGAUUUGAGUGGCUUGACUUGUCUAGUGUGAUUCUCCUCAAAUUGGCCUAACACUGAAAGAAAAAAUGAGACAAUGGACAGUAAAAAGCAGUCUUUGCUGUAGUUUGUAAUCAGUGGAUAGUAAGUUAAUGUCCUCUUUUUCCACAUGGCCAUCAUUGUUACUAAGGCUGUGCUAUAAGAAAAAUUGGAUGGAGCCCAGUGCUCUGAAACUGUGAAAUCCAGGGUGCCCAGCAUAUGCUUUGUAGGCAAAAACUAAAAUUUUCAAGUCACCCAAGAGCAAAAGUAAGGCGCCAGGUGCCACUGAGCGCUGCUAGAGCACAGCCUUGGUUACAUGUUUGUAUGUGUUUGUACUACAGGGAAAUAACUGUGAUAACAAAGACAGGAAAUACAUGUGGAUGUAACUUUUGAAGGAAGCUGUGUGAUCAAUAUCACAACUUUUCUUGCUGGAGAUACUGAGUGAGUCAUUUCUGAGACUUUACCUUAUUUUAUCUGAAAUAAAAUUAUGCUUUGGUUAUCCCAUAAACUGUAGUUUAUGUUCCACAUCCACAUUCAACCCUUUAACUCCCAUGAGUGACCGAGAAAGAAAUUCUCAUUACAACAUCAGUACAAGUGUUGAGAAUAAAGAAAACCAUCAACAAGGGUAUUUUUAGUUGAUCCAAUACCAAAUUCUCCAAACUUACAU